AUGUCAAAUAACAGCUCUGUGGCUGUUGGCAUCUUUGGGCAACAGUUUUCUUUCCGGGUUAUGUUUGUGCAGAUUUUAGUGAUUAUUUUUCUCUGCAUCAACAUGUUGCUUAUUGCAACUUUUUUCAAAAAGGAGUGUUUCCACAAUAGUGCUCGCCAUAUUUUAUUUGCUGUUAUGUUGCUUUCAGACAGCUUUGUGUUAAUCCUCUCUGAUUUUUUUCUUGUUGUAAACUUUCUUCAAUUCGAUAUAGAAGUCUGGUUGUGUACCAUUAUUUCUAUUGUGACAUUCCUCUAUGUUAUGGCCACACCUGUGACUCUGACAGCUAUGACCCUGGAGCGUUAUGUGGCCAUUUGCCUGCCUCUGCGGCAUGCAGAGCUGUGCUCCACACGCAGGUCUAUGUCCUGCAUCCUUAUCAUUCAUGGUGUCAGCUCUGUUCCCUGCAUAUUGAUUCUCACCAUGUUCUUUGCAACGGCAUCUUUCAGCUUCUACAAAAAAAAGGCGUUAUGUUCAGUGGAGAUUUUUAUUUUGCACACAUGGCAGCGUCAUUUAAGAUCUGCUGUGAGUCAGUUAUACUUUUUGAUCAUGUGUAUCAUCAUAAUUUUCUGCUAUAUUCAGAUAGUGAAGGUUGCCAAAGCUGCAUCUAUAGAAAAUAAACAGUCGACACAGAGAGGGCUCAGAACCGUGAUUCUUCAUGCCUUCCAGCUGCUGCUUUGUCUCAUCCAGCUGUGGACCCCCUUCACUGAAGCUGCUGCACUUGCUAUUAAUGUUAAUUUAUUUUUGGACAUCCGGUACUUUAACUACGUAAUGUUUAGUAUCGCACCGAGAUGUUUGAGUCCUCUUAUAUAUGGACUCAGGGAUGAAAUAUUUUGUCUUGUACUAAAAAACAAUAUUUGCUUCAGUGCUUUUAGAAGAUCCAACAAAAUGUAA